AAGUAUUGGAGGGAAUGGCACAAGAGAAUAAAGAAAUAGCGGGAAAGUGAGUAGACCAAAACAAACCACAGUGUUCCAUCCUCAGUUGGCUUUGUUGGAAAACCGAAUCAAGCACUGUUCUUACAGCACACAACACAAUCAUGGCUUGUGAGGGUGUGCGUGAUGAGGUGAAGAAGGAAAUGUUGGAGAUUCAUACCAAUUUGCAAGAGAUUAAUGAGGAAGGCUGUGUUGGAGUUGGCGAAAAAACAAGUGGCAAUGAUGAAGUUGUUGUUCGAAGCUCUAAAGAUGGUUUCAAGAGAAGGCGAGUUGGCUCAGAAGCCUCUGUUGUUGAUGAAAAGAAUGAGAAGACAUCAAGAGAGGAAGCAUGUCAAGCGAUUGCAAGGUUUUUCUACAACAAUGCCAUACCGUUUGCAGCGGCACAGAGUGAUGAAUUUAAAACUAUGUUUGAUUUGGUUUCAAGACAAGGCGAAGGAUUUAAGCCACCGUCUUAUGAUGAGAUUAGAGGGAAAUAUUUGACGGAUGAAGUUAAGUUGACAAAUGAAGCUUUGGAAGAACAUAGAGCUAUGUGGAAGGUAACAGGUUGCACCAUAAUGGUUGAUGGAUCGGUUGACGCAGAGAGUAGGACCAUAAUAAACUUGUUAGUGAACAGUCCAAACGGAACAUUCUUUUUGAAGUCUAUUGAUGCAACUGAUAUGUUGGAAUCGCCUGACAAACUCUUUCGGAUUUUGGACAACAUUGUUGAAGAGGUUGGAGAAGAAAAUGUUGUCCAAAUUGUGACGGACAAUACACCAUUCUGCAGAGCUGUUGGUGAGAUGUUGAUGGAGAAAAGAACUAGGCUGUAUUGGACCCCUUGUGCAACAAAUUGCAUUCAGAUGAUUUUGGCAGACUGUGAGACGAAUAUACCUAUUCACUCAGAGAUAACUAAGAAAUGUCAAGAUCUUAUAGCCUUUAUUUAUGUAAGCCCUUCUGUCAAGUCUCUAAUGCGGCAUUUCACAAAAGGAAAAGAUAUUUUAAAAGUGGGCAUGUAUCAAAGUGAAACAUCAUACUUUACUUUAUGUUGUAUUCACGAGAACAAAGGAGCUUUGGUAAGAAUGUUCACUUCCGAGGAAUGGAAGUCCACAUCCAACGAGUUUGCAGAGCCGAAGUCUAGGAAAUGGGCAGAGGAUAUGAUUUUGGACAAGGAGUUUUGGAAAUAUGUUAUGAUUUGUUAUAAAGGUGUAAAACCUCUGCUGAAUUUGCUUCUUAUGGUCAACUCAACCGUGGUCCCGAUGAUGGGUUUCAUUUAUGAGGAUAUGGAGAGAGCUAAAGAUAAGAUACGGAGGAGUCUUUCCAAAAGUGCCAUAGAAAGAGAAAGUUUUAUGCAUCUACAGAAAAUCAUUGAUGAAAGAUGGGACAAACAAUUCCAUAGCCCUUUGCAUGCUGCAGGCUAUUUUCUUAACGCUCAAUAUCACUAUAGUCCUGGAUUUAGAGAUGAUGUUAAAGUUAAACGUGGUCUACAACAUUGUAUAACAAGGAUGGUGACCGAUCACGAAGAAAGAUCUAAGAUUGAAAUUCAACUUGAUGAUUUUGAUAAACAGGCUAAUCAAUUCGGUCAUCCAAUAGCCAUAAUUACGGCUGAUAUGGAGAUUCCACCAAUUUGGUGGGGAUCGUUAGUAGAUGGACCACCAGAGCUCCAAAAAUUUGCAAUUCGUGUAUUAAGCUUGACAUGCAGUUGUUAUGGUGGUUUCCCUCUUCAGGAUGCGUUCGAGAUGGUCCACUCUAAGAGUAUGAUGUACAGAACUGAUCGUGAUGUUCUUUUUGUCAUGGCUAAUUCAAAAUUGGCCGAAAAGAAGAGAACGUCAGCUGAGCUAAAUAUUGAUGAUAAUGGAGACGUUGAAGGUUUAAAUGUGGACGACUCAGAUUUGGAUGUACCAUGUCUACAAUGUCAAGCUGAUGCGGGAAUUGCUGAUUUGCAUGAUGAAAAUGCUAAUGGAGAUGAAGAUGAAGACGGAAAUGAAGAUGAAGAUGAAGAUGAAGAUGGAGAUGAAAAUUAAAUGGAAGAUUAUGUUUUUAUUUUGAAAGCAUUCUAGAUUAAAGAUCUAGAAUUUGACUCCUUGUUUUGGGUGUUUACAUCAUACCACUUGUGAAAAGCUUAAUAUUAUAGCUUAAGUUGUUAAUUUGUGACUUAUCAGUUGUGUAUGACUUUCCUAUGGAUUUUGAAUUAAGUUUAGUGUAUUGUCUGAAGUGAUUUUCUUAUAUA